UCACACCAGUUUCACCAACAAGACAGUCCUGGAACUUGCCAAUCUAAAGCACAAUGACGUCAAGGCAAGCCGUGGUUCUAGCGGACUAUGUUCCAGCCUAGUCUCUCAGCCUGACUGUCUGUAUCACCAGUGUGGACACAUUGGCAGUGCUAUGUUGAAGGCAGCCCAGCGCCUGGGGCUGGGUGUGGUGAUCAUCACAGUUCUCUCGCUGCUGUAUUUUAUACUGAUGACACAAUCUGCUGUGAAGCUUAUCCACCCCCGGGAAGAGCUGCACAACUGCUGUUCCACCCAAGAUGAUUUCAUUCUGACCCAAAAGAACACAAAAAUAGGGAUGACCAUCCGCUAUGCCAUAACCAAGGGCAAAACCUUCAAGGUCAACUCUGCACUCACCAGACUGUUGCCAAAGACCUCUCCUUUGUCUGGGAGGAGGUUCUCCCGUUGCAGUGUUGUGGGGAAUGGAGCCAUCUUGUCUCAGAGCGGAUGUGGGCAGGAGAUUGACAAGGCAGAUUAUGUCUUCAGGUGCAAUUUGCCUCCUAUUGGGGGUAAGUAUGCUGAGAACACAGGGAUCAGGACCAAUUCUACCACUGCUAACCCCAUAUCUCAAAUAAUGUCAAAAUACAAGGGUCUGCGGAACCAGCAGGGCAGGGACAAGUUUAUGACUGACAUCAAGAAGUAUCCCGGCCUUCUCUGGGUCUCAGCUUUUGGAGUCAAGUCUGCUACAGUAAUCUCACAGCAAGCCCUGAAGUUUGUAACCCAGAAGAGGAUCAGGAGCCCUGCCCUGGUGUUUGGGAACCCCAAACACUUCACCGACACCAUGAACUUCUGGAGAGCACACAACCUGUCCAACCGGCUGUCCACUGGGAUGUACCUGUCCAGCAUAGCCCUGUCUGUAUGUGAUCAGGUGCAUAUCUUUGGCUUCUGGCCAUUUGACAAGGACCCUGAGGACCAGCCACUGGCAUAUCACUACUACGGCAAGGGCAAAGUGGACCAGGUGCACGACAUGCCACAGGAGUUUCUGAAGCUGUUAGAAUGGCAUCAGGAAGGUGUGGUCAAUGUUCACAUACACAAAUGUCAGGCAGACAGCUGAUAGUAGUGCACAUCACUGGUUUCUUGUAAUCCAAGUACACAAGUUACCAGGCACAAAUGAACAUGUAACAUUAGAUGUAUCCACAGUGUUCUAUGUGUUGCACUUGACACCCCAGCAUUGUUACAAUGUACCUGUACUUAAAAAUGACCCCUUUUAAGAUUAGCUGGAAAAGAAAGUAUUUUUGUUAUUAUACAGAAAGUGCUUAAAGUUAUUAUUAGGUACAGAGGCUAAGUAACUCAGCACAGAGAGCUUCUUUAUUUUUUCAGUUUUUUUUCUUUGCUCAGUACACGCACAUGUGGCGUCGUGUGGCAUAGUUGUAGAGCGUUCAGUGUUUGAACAAGGGGACCCGGGUUCGAUCCCGGGUCCUGUCUGAACUUGCGCCCCGACGUUGUGCCCUUGGGAAAGGCACUUUACACGUAUCCCCCCUCAAAUAGAGGGACCAGUUGUCUUCAGCUGGCAGACGAGAGCAGCGCCAGGCGGGCUGGCGUGAUCAAGACAGUGUCAACGUGUCAAACCUCCUCACUGAAUGGACUGACAUGGUCAUCAUACUUGGAUUA